UGAGCUCAGUAGAGACGUUUGACUGUCCCAACCCGAUGCUGCCUUCCCACAUAAAUGAGAUUUUUUUCUGCCAGGCAACAUGGUUUUACCCUCACAUUCAAAAAAACCCUUAAUCUCUAAUGUGGAGCAGCUGAUCCUGGGGAUCCCGGGCCAGAAUCGCCGGGAGAUAGGCCAUGGCCAGGAUAUGUUUCCAGCAGAGAAGCUCUGCCAUCUGCAGGAUCGCAAGGUGAACCUUCACAGAGCUGCCUGGGGUGAGUGUAUUGUUGCACCCAGGACUCUCAGCUUCUCUUACUGUCAGGGGACCUGCCCGGCCCUCAACAGUGAGCUCCGUCAUUCCAGCUUUGAGUGCUAUAAGAGGGCAGUACCUACCUGUCCCUGGCUCUUCCAGACCUGCCGUCCCACCACGGUCAGACUCUUCUCCCUGAUGGUCCAGGAUGACGAACACAAGAUGAGUGUGCACUAUGUGAACACUUCCUUGGUGGAGAAGUGUGGCUGCUCUUGAGAUACCCCAAAGCCUCCUACUGGCCUCAGGGCCACCUAAGUCUCAGGACUUUAGUAGGGGGUGGGAUUACUUUUCAUAGCAACUAGAGCUCUUUGAAGGGAGGUGGGAUUUGGUUUGUUUCUCAAAGCACAGCAAGAGGGUUGGCAUUAUGGCAGUAACCCCUCAUAGAUGCUUCUCUUUGAUGUGGCAGGGGCCCCCUAGUGCUGUUCUCAGUCACUCCUACUUCUGGGAAGCUGGGCCCAUUGAGAUGUCUGACUAUCGCUGUCCUAGAUUGUGAGUGGGCUGGGCUUAGUGCCACCUCUGGGAUCAUUUAGGUGGGGAAAGAGGAACUGGAAUUGGACGCAUGUCAGCUCUUGGGGUAGGGGUAAAAUUGUUACCGGUGUUAAGCUGGCUUCGGACUCCUCUGAGCCAUUCAGCUGCUAUCAUCCUUCUCUGUACCAUUGGCCUGGGGCUGGUCCAGAACUGACCUCAGCAUGUGCAUUCCUCCUCACCUAACACUCCUGGCCUCUUUAGAGGGAGUGAGGACUCUGUGGAAGAAAGCAUUCUGUCAUGGGCUAGUCAUGGGUAAACGGCCCCAAGGCCUUCACAACCUGGUGUCAGAUGGGAGCCUGACAGUAGAGGAUGUUGCUUGACUGACAGAGGGGGCCUCUGGCCUCAUGGAAAGUUUGUCUCACUAUCAUUUAAGGAACUUGAUAUUAGCUUUUCUACUAUCUUUAAUAAAACUAUGGGACCAUUGUUGUGAGUCCUAUGUUGGAUAUCUAUUACUUAAUGCCCUUGAGCCUCUGAAUCAGAAUGAGUAGAUAGAUGUUGGGUUUCAAAUCCUAUCGUCAAGGAUCACAGGAAAGAAGCAACGCAAUGCACUUUGAAACAAAUAUUCGGUCAUUAUAGCACUCACUCAAUGACUCCUAGUUUUAGGUUCUAAAACUUACGUCCAAAGUAAGAUAUAAGGAAGUACUCCAACGCAGAUAUUAAUACCAAAACUACUUGUUAGAUUUCUUGAGGCAGAAGAGAAACAAAGUUAGAUGACACUCAGAACCUUAGUAACAUGUUAUCUGUCCUAGUGGGAGGAGAAGUAUAUCAGUUAAAUUUACAAUUUUAAAAUGUGACUUUCUCAGUGGACAUUCAUAGUUCACAUUAGCCUGCACCUUGCAGAGUAUCCCUGUAGAAUGAUGGUCAGGGUGAGGGCUGAGCACAGAGGAGGCAGAGAGCCAUCCCUGGCUCUAGACUUUCCCAAGCUCGGUCUUGGCUGUGUGGUGGAUUUCAAGAAAUAAGGAUGAACUACUGUCUUUUUUGAUUCCUUUCUUUAUAUCUCUGCAACGGAAGUUCUGACAAAUUUAUGCAAGUGGUUUGUGCUUUUAAGUUUAAUAGCAAUGUAUGCAAUAUAAGAAGCUGACUUUCCAGCCCCAAUCCUAAACAAAGGUAGUGACUGUCAGGUUUGACAUGUGCUCUGCCAGACUGCUUUCUUUGUAUAUGAACAUAGCCUUAAAACGACCCUAUAGCUCCUUAACAAGGUGUUGUGGAGACAUUGCAAAAUCCUAACACUUUUUUUUUCCCCAUGGACAUUAGCUUGUAUAUAGUAUUUAAAUAGUUCAAUACCCAUUUAACUGAUUCCAUUAUUGAUGGACAUUCAAAGAGGGCAUUUUAAAGUUACCCAUUAUUACAGUGCUGUGAUCAUCUUUGAAUAUAGAUUCUUAUAUGCAGGUAGAAUUGCUAAGAAAAUGUCAGAUGCAAUUUGGUCUCCCCAAAAACUAUGCCAGUUUACAUUUCCCUCAACUGUGAGACCAUUUUCCUCACACAGGGCAAGUCCUUUUGAUAAGGGAUACAUUUCAUUGUUAAGUUGCAUCUUUAAAAAUGAAAACUUGAACAUAUCAAAUUAGCCAGUUGAAUUCUUUGAGCUUAUCAAGCAUUUUUUGUCUUAUAGAAACUCUUAAUAUAACAAAAUGUGACAAAUAUAUUUAAGUUUCUUUUCUACAUGGGGGUAUUAUAUGGAUAAGUCAAUCUCUGACUUUAUUGGUUCUAGGUUUCAUAUUUGGUCAUCCCCAUAAAAAGAUCAUACACACUCUGCCUCUUGUAGUUCUUGUGUUCAUGGUCUUAUUUAUACAUUAAUACUUCUGGGUAGGGAGAGCUGGAGGCGCCCAGGCCACUUGUGUCUAGGCCUGGCAGUGCCAAUCUCUGGCCAGUCAAAUGUAAGUGGGAGUCUGCAGGGUUUCCAGGAAGGCUUCUACUUUGGAGUUGAGGGCCUAGUUUACAGUAAUAAUGCACUACAUUACUGGGAUCAAUGUAACAAAGAUGGCAAAGCUGGAAAGAGUACGGGUUCCUUAGGGCAGGGAUUGGCAAGCUUUUUCUGUAAAGGGACAGAUAGUAAAUAUCUUGGGCUUUGUAGGCCAUACAACCUCUGUCUACUCAACUCUGGUGUUGAAGCAUAGAAAUGGCCAUUGAGGAAAUGUAAAUGAGCAUCUUUGUAUUCCAGUAAAACUUUAUUCACGGGCCCUAAUAUUUAAACUUAAUGUAACUUGUCACAAAAUAUUCUUUUUUCCAACCAUUUAAAAUAGGUAAAGACCAUUCUUCAUUUUUGAGUUGUACAAAAGUGUAAUGAUUGGCCUGUGGGCUGUAGACUGUCAACUCACCUUAGAAUAUCAUUGAGCAGGUGGGCCAAUACUAGCAGAGACUUCUAAUUUAUGAGAAAUUGUAUCUCUAAUUAGGCCACUGUUUGUUUGGUUUUUUGGUUACUUGCAGUCAAAUACAUUCUUAUCUGAUACAGGUCUUUUUUUUUUUUUUAAUAGCCCGCUGUUCUAACCUUUUAUUGACUAUUUGAACUUUCCUCCACCUUCAUUUGGGCACUAUUUUUUAAAUCGCAUGUUAAGUUUCCUUAAGCCUAAUAAGUUUUUUCUAACAUUCUAUUCUAAUCCACUAAUCUUUGUUCAUUUUCAUGUCCAUAUUAACUUAAUUCCUAUAGUUUUAAUGUAUGCUUAGGAUUCUGAAAGAAUGUGUACCAUACACUAAGUUGUUUUUCUCAUGGAAGAUGUCUGAAUGUCUAUAUCUUCCCACCCAUGAACAUGAUAUAACUUUACAUUUAAUGGAGAAAAAGAUCUGAAUGAGUUACCUCACUUUUAUUUCAUUUAAGCCAUGGCAAUUUCUACUUGGAUUAUUUCUUGGUGAUCUAGUUUACUGUUUUUAGUGUAAAUGGAACUGUUAACUGGAAUUACUUUUAUGGCAUCAGUCCAUGUUACUCUUCCAAUUCUGUAAUGAAACCAUGUAGAUUCAGAGCAUUGUUUUUUGUCCAACAUGGAAGACCAACUCAGAGUUCAGUGCUUUCUGUCAUUGUACUUAGUCUUUGGAAGGUGCUACCGGGCAGUUUUUUGUUCUGUUUGAAUUAGGUGUUAUUAAAUGCUAGUGAGUCCUUAGACUUGACAACAUCUAGAACAGUAAAAUGGUGUUAUGUACAACUAUUGGAAAGUGGAUUGAACCUGGUUGCUGAUACCGAUCUAAGUGGUUUGGAUUUGUGUAUAUUCUAAGCAUCAUGUUUUAUGUCAAUGGGAACCCAGAAUGGAGGCUGAAAAUAAGUUUAAUCUGCAUGUACAGAAACUCCUAAAAGAUAAAGAAACAGAGGUAGUAAGUGGCAAGACCUGGGCAAGAGGAGAAUGCCAGAGCCUCAUCUUCAGACUUACAUUCCAACAGGAAUGGACUCGUGAUGACAUGCAUUUUGAGGAAGCAUACUUUGUGCUUUGGUACUAGUUCUCAAAGGGGCUGAGGUCUGAGAGACAAACAGCCAUCAAACCAGGUAGAAAGAGGGUGCAGGCUGAGUGAAGCAGCACCCACAAUGGCCUAGGGAGGAAAGAGUAGGAGAGGGCUGUUCAGCUAAGCAGAGAAAGCUCAAUAGAGCUGGCAUGUGGGGUUUGCAGUGGGAGGAGUUGAGUGGGUGGGCAGUUUUACUCUUCUGGGCAGAGUCCACAGCAUCAUGUGAAUUCAAAUACGUAAAUUGCGUUCCUUCAUGUAAGAUGAAAGAUCACUUCUCUUUGGUGACUUGAAUGUAUUAAUAAAAAGUAACAGGAAUAUCUACUAAAGCUGAAUACAUGCAUACCCUAUGUUCUAGCAAUUUCAUUUCUAGCCACAUAUUUUACCAAAAGAUGUAGCAGCACUACAUGUAAAAACCCCAAAUUGAAAACUACCCAAAUGCCCAUCACCAGUAGAAUACAUUGUGGCAUACUCAUAUAGGAGAGUACUAUUUAACGAGGAGAAACAAAGUAGAACUCUAAAUGAACUGAUAAAUCCCACAGACAUGUUGAGGGAAAGAAGCUAGAUACAGGGUAAAACAUCGCUGUAUGAUUCUACUUAUGUAGAGAACAAAAAUUGGCAAAAGUAGGACGAACACUUCAAUUCCAUUUAUAUUAAAGAAUCCAGAGUGGUAAGAUUCAUAAAGAAAAAGUAAAAUGGUGGUUGCCAGGAGCUAGAGGGAAAGAGGAAUAGGGAGAUAUUGCUGAAUGGGUAUUGAGUCUCAGUUAUGUGAGAUGAAAAGAGUUUUGGAGACGGAUGCUGGUGAUGGUUGUACAACAGUGGGAUUGCACUUAGUACGCUACUGAACUGUACACUUAAAAAUGGUUAAGAUGG